UGGGAGAAUGAGCAGCUGCACAGCCUGGAGGAGAGGGGGCGUCUGCUGCUCUCGCUGCAGUUCCUGCCCCCCCUCGGGGGGGAGGAGAAGGACGUGGACGGAGGGGGUGAGGGGCGCCGCAGCGGAGGUCUCUGUGUCGGCGUGAAGCGCUGCGCCCACCUGGCCGCCAUGGACGUCAACGGCUUCUCCGACCCCUACGUCAAAAUAUACCUGAAGCCCGACAUCCUGAAGAAGUCCAAACACAAAACGGCCGUGAUGAAGAAGACCCUGAACCCCGAAUUCAACGAGGAGUUCUUCUACGAGAUCUCCCUGUCGGAGCUCACCAACAAGACUCUGGAGGUCACGGUGUGGGACUACGACCUGGGACGCUCCAACGACUUCAUAGGCGGCGUGUGUCUGAGCUGUCACUCCCAGGGCGACGCGCUCCGUCACUGGACGGACUGCCUGAAGAACCAGGGCCGCCGGGUGGAGCAGUGGCACAUCCUGACCAACGAGCUGCCCCGCACCCUGAGCCACGACUGAGCCGCAGCGGGGGGGCAGGGGGCCGGGGGCCGCAGGGAUCCUCGUCAUGGGACGGCCUCGGAGCAUCUUAACCACGGGGAUCUGCAGUAACGGAGUUUUAGGACCGGCGGCGGGGGGGCCGGGUGGAGCCGGAGCGGCGGGGUGCUGCUCGUGUGCCUUCAUUAGUGAUCGCUGAGUCAUCCUGAAGAAGAGCACGGUCAUUACGACAUUAGCACCAAACCACAACACACGAAACUGAAAGUACACAGCUGUACACGUCCCACUCGCACUGGAAAUUAAAUUGCAUGUUUUUGUUUUUUUACAAGAUGCAGAUUCUCCAGACCAGGUCCUUUCUUAGACUUCACGUCCCAAUUAAUUAUAAAAAGUAGAUCUCUUUCUUUACUUUAACCCUCAUGUUGUCCUCGGGUCAAAUUGACAUGUUGUCCUCAUGUUGUCCUCAUGUUGUCCUCAUGUUGUCCUCAUGUUGUCUUCAUGUUGUCCUCAUGUUGUCCUCAUGUUGUCCUCAUGUUGUCCUCAUGUUGUCUUCAUGUUGUCUUCAUGUUGUCCUCAUGUUGCCCUCAUGUUGUCCUCAUGUUGUCCUCAUGU